AGUUUCGCACAGUGCAGUGACAACUACGUAUUGGAUUUGCCCCCGCGGUCGCCGCUGUGUCCGCAAUCCGAUCCCUACAAAAACGGCGUUGGUUUGCUGCCACAGCUCAGUUGUUCAAGAAACUUUGCCCAAAACUUUGCCCAAUUGGUUUUAAUUUAGAGGAAGAGCAUCCUGAAACCUUAAACAGGAGUCUAUUCCGAGAUCUAACCUCAAUAGCAGUGCAAUGACCCCCUUCUCGACGCGGCUCAGCCUGCUGGUGGCGGUGCUCCUAGUAGUGGCCCUGACUACCGAGGCGUGCUCAACUAAAGUGGGAAAAGUUCGCCGCCGAAUUCGCAAUAGUUCACACAGAUCAUCCAAUUCAAGAUCUAGUUAUAAUGAACCAGUUCCAUCGCCCCGCCCAGUUCCGGUGUUCAAUCCAGUUCAAGGCAUCAAGCCAUUCGCCAACUUAUUUGCUAGUACAGUAUUAAUGCCCCUUGUCCGCAAACCUGCCGAAGCACACAAGCCAACGUACAGAAGCCAACAAAACUCCACCAAUGCCCAUCAUGGGGGAGGAGCAUUGCCUGCAGGAGACGUUGACCAUCCAGAGGCGCCGCAGAAGUCCUCGUCAGGCUUGGGAUUGGGCACUGAUCUUUUGGCUGCAGCAGUGGGUGGCGCCAUCCAGGGACUCACUUCCAAUUCCUAUUUCGGAGGAGGCCACGGUAGUGACGACAAAAUCACCACCACAGAUGUGGGGUCGGGUACUAAGGUGAUAAAUGCUGGAGGAAACUAAGCAGCCGCUUCCCCAGCGCUGCCAGUGCCACCUGUUUAUGCCGCUCCACCUGCUACUGGCACUCAAGCUCUACCCGUUCCUCCAACCUCGCCAGUUGCAGGAUCAGUUCCAUUGGCGCCUUUGGGUCCUUCGCCACCUGCUCCCGCUGACCCAGCGGCACCUCCUGUUGCACCUGGAACUCCUGUGGCUCCUGUGACUCCUGGACCCGCAGUUGCACCCAAUCCGACGGAUCAAAAUGCGCCAGUUCCACCUGGACCUGCACCUGGCUCCCAACCGAUUAAAUUGCGAACUGUGGCAUAUGUUUUUUGAAUAUUUAACAACCUUCUUGCUUUACUUUCCAGAAAAUCCACACUCUUUUUAAAAAGAUCCAACCAAUAAUGUUAGCAUUUAAAUUUCAAGAAAUUGUAAAGACAUCGACACGAUUUUAAUUGGAUUAAUAUUAAUGUAAACUAAUUAUAUACACACAUUUUUCUUCGCAAA